AUGUCAGAGGAAAAUGAUCAGGAAAGUUCAAAAUUACAUCUAAAAGAGGAAGCACAAAAGGAAGUUCAUGGCAACUUGCAGCUAGACAAAUGCACCAGUGACUUAACUGUGGUAUCUACUGUCUCAGAAAUGCUAGAUCAGGGGGAUGUAACGUCAGUCAUGACAGAUCUUUCAGCAGAGGAUUCUGUUCUGCAUGGGUCAUCAGUUCUCAAUGAAACAGAAGCAAUUGCUUCUUCUAGUGACUUGGAAAGUUCUCCCUGCCUCUCAGAUACGCCAGUUUCAGCAGAUUUGCUUUCAGACUCUUCAGUCAUAAACUCAACUGUAGGGCUACUACAACAGCCUGUUGUGUUGACGUCGUCUGUGUUGCCAUGUGUGCUGACUCAUGUGCAAGGAACUUCAGAGCUCCUUGCUGGUGAACUACAAGAGAGAGGGGAGGCUCAGGAGGAACUGUUAAUGGUAAAAAGGGAUGACAGAGAGGUCCUGGAACCUUGUGUUGUGGUAAGUCCUUUUAAAGGUCAAAAUGAAUCAUAUCCAAGUUGUGAAUGUGAACUUAAAUAUCUAUAAUGAUAGUUGUCUUUAAUAUAUUUGCUUCCUUAGAUAGUUUUUGUAGGUAACCAGAACAUGAUUAUGAGUAUGGAAGAGAAUUUAGUUCAUUUAACCCUUUCACUCCCCAGAUCUCAUUAGUAAUUCUUAUCACCAUCUGCCCUACAAUUCCUAGAAAGUUGGCUUUGGAAAUUUAUAUUAUCAACUAUGUUGUUCAAACCAAAUUAUCUUGUUUAUGAGCCCCAAACCAACACAGAAAAUAAAAAAUUACCCCCUUUAUUCUCAUGAUCCUAGUUUGUAGAAGUCAGUAUUGGAUCAAAUGAUAAUUCUGUAAUUUAUAUUUUUCUUUAUUCUCAUCACUUGUCUGCUGGAUAUUGUACUGAUAUUAAAUAGAAUAAGAAAGAUGGUUAGUUUUGAGUUUGGUUAAGAAAUAGAGAAAGAUGUUUUUGCUUAGGGUUAGGGCUUAGGUUUAGGUUUAGGAUCCCAUGAGGAAUUGAACAUUAGGCCUUUGGAUUCUUUGCUUUGAUGCUCUACCACUGAGCCACAGAGACUCUAUGGUGGGCAAGGCCCAUUACAAAUAUCAUAUAUGACAAGAGUCCUGCAUACUGCUUGGAUUGGCUAUGUUGAUAGCCUCGUGCAUUAUAUAUGAGGCUGAGGUUUAAUUCCUCAUGGGGAAUUUUUUCUUUGUUGCAUGCUUGUGACAAAGACAAAAAACAUCUUUCUCUGUACUGAUAUUGGUAGGGGAAAUUCUGUCAUGGUCACUCAUGGUAGUUCAAGGAUUAGAUUUGAGACCUGAAACACUUAGGAGCUCACCAUUAUUUAGAACUUAGAAGCCAGUUGUUUUCAAUCACCAAAGGAACUGAAUACCUUAUUUGUUUGAAUUGUCAUCCUCUAGAAUUUUAAAACUUAUUGAGGAAAACUACAAAAACACCACCAAAGUUUGCAGUCACAGCAAGUAAAUACUUCAGAUUAAUCGAAUAAAGUAAACAAGUGAAAAUAUUAAAUAAAUAUGAUUGAUUGGAUGCUGAAGUUUAAAGAGAUAAGACAAAAAUUAAUUUUUUUUUUUCAUGAUUUCUUUCCACUUGCACAACGGUAAUGACUAGGAAAGAGUGGCUAGUUGCAUUCUUAGCACUCUGUUAUGGCCCAAUAACAACUUUAUCUUAUCAGAGAACUAAUAUUGAACACAAACUUUGUGUUUGAUGACUACAAGUACCUCACUGUGGUAAAUUCCUCUGAAAACUUUGCUAAUUGACUCAUGAGAUUGCAAAGUGCAGUGGUGCACUUUACAUUACAUUCACUUAGGAUUUGAUUUGCUGAAUGUAACUUUUUAUGGUUAAUGCAGUGGGUACAAAUUCAGAGGGUUUUUUUUUUUUUAAUUGUUGUAACCCAAGAUAAUAAUCACUCAGAAGCAAUGGAAAAUAUUACAAGGAUUCAAUUGGAGGUCAGACUGAACAAAGGCAAGGCAAUCACAGACAGUAUUUUUAUACUAAGGGACCUGACCAGAGAAGGGAAUCAGACGAUUUUGGUUGUGUCACAAUUUCAUAUUUACUUGAUCUACCCAUAAGGCUCUAUAAUAUUCUCGAGAAUUUCCUUCCCCCCCUCCCCACUACCACCACCACCACCACCACCACCACCACCACCUCAUUGCAGUUAAUUAGCAGUCAAUUUUUUAUAUGGGCCCCCUGCUUUGUAUGACUGACCCCCCCUCUAUUACCCCUGAAAACCAUGUGAUCCCCCAAAAAUCCUCUGAUUUUUUUCCCUCCCCCCCCUCCUCAGACCAUCAAUGAUGACUGUUCCCUUCGUUCAUAUUUCUUUUUCUCAUUUUCUAAGUUUUUGUUCUUUUCUUUAUUUAGUUUACAACAUCAGAAGCAUUGCAGAGCACCAGUGCUUCAGAAUCACUCAGCUCCUCCUCAGCAACAGAUGUUGUAGUCACAGCACACCCAUCUAGCUUGACCUACCUGCGGCAGAUCUUUGAACAGGACCAAGUUAGUCCACAGGGUCAAAUUGUAUCCGUCUUGCCUCAUGGCAUUACAUCACCUCUGUCGCCGACCUUACCGGAACUUCACCAGUGCAAAUGGGACAACUGCUGCGAACAUUUCUUGUCUCUAGAGGAUUUGGUUGCGCAUGUCAAUGAAUACCACAUUAGAACUGAAGCAAGUGAAUAUAGCUGCCUUUGGCAGGGCUGCGCGCGCAACGGAAAGGGCUUCAAUGCCCGGUACAAAAUGUUGAUACAUAUGAGAACACAUACCGGAGAAAGGCCCCACCGUUGCAAUCAUGAUUCUUGCGGAAAGAGCUUCUCACGGCUCGAGAAUUUAAAAAUACACACCAGGUCUCAUACGGGAGAAAAACCGUACGUUUGUCCCGUGGCGGGUUGUAAUAAGCGGUACUCCAAUUCAAGUGAUAGGUACAAACACACACGGACCCACUCAGAGACCAAACCUUACCACUGCAAAGUGGCCAACUGUUACAAAAGGUACACAGAUCCGAGUUCAUUGAGAAAACAUUACAAAACGAUCCACGGGAAAGACAUAAUUAGUGAAGAGCAAGAUUAAUGAAUGAUGACCCACUUACAAUUACAGUUAGAUUGCAUCGUACUUUUUUUCUACUCUCUUAAUAUAUUUUUUCCACAAUUUUUGAACGACUGUGUUUUGGACAGAACCCUCUUGAAAUAGCAGCUGAAAAAUGAAACCACUUAUUGUCGUAUGAAAAAAAAUCUGGCGGGGAAUGAUUUGGGAAUACCUAAACAACACACUUCAAUUUAGCACCCGCACAAAGUUUCAACCAGGGAGCUGUUGUUUGAUGCAAGCGAGAAAAUGUCCUAGAUUUGAGACAACCAGCGAGAGAACCACAGUUAAAGGUAUAUGAUAUUUAAGUAUAAUUUAUAUAUUUUUUCCAUAUUUUUAGGGGUAAUGAAGUGAAAUUUUCCUUUUUUAUCUUGCUAUUUGGGCCUGGAGCUCGUUUCUCGAAGUCCCCAAAUAACCUAACGGGUUUGUUUGGUUUAAGAUACGGGAUUCAAAACAGAUAUGAGCUGGUUAGGGUUCUAGAACCUACUCCUCGAUUCUUUAAACUCUGAUUUUAAAAUAAGGCUUCGGGCUCGUUAGGUUACCAGGAGUUUCGGGAAACGAGGUUUCGGUGCAUUUUUUUUUCGGUUGAGUGGAAAAUUUUUUUCCAUGCGGUAAUUUGUUCUAAUUUCAGCCUGUUUACUGGGUUGUCAAUCAAAACGUAGGUUUCUUCAAUGCCAUGGCAACGAAGACGUUGGGCUUGUCACAAACUCCCAAGUCACGUCAAGUCACGUUUCCAUGCUCAAGGCGUUCUUAUAUGUUAGUUCCGAUUGCUGGUACAUAUUUCGAUGUAACAAAGAUGAAUCAGACGAUUUAAUUUUGAUUGAUUGAAUUAGAAAUAUUGUUAACAGUUCUAUUAGGAGCACGAUAUUUGUGUCGCAAUCGAUGGAGUUAUGCUCGAAUUAACUAUUUACGUAUAAAAAACGAGAGCAAAUAAUCUAAUUGUUUGAGAGUAAAGCAAUUUUCGAUUGAGUGUCGAAAGUAACCCGGAAUUGGAUUGGUUUUACUUUAUUUCACAAUGUGAUUGGUCCAGAAAACUCGCGCCACUCUUUCAACCAAUCAAAUGCCAAACUAACGCCAAUCACGAGUUGGUCAGCCGCGUUUCCCGCGUUUCCCGCGCUUUGGGCGGUUUGCUUGUUUUUACCUUGAGUUCUCAUUGGCUCUCCAGAAAAUGUUCCCUACUUCUGAUUGGCCGAUGUAAUUACCUCAGUUUCGGUUUUAUGACACUCAAUCAAAAAGAGCUCUAAAGCUACUAUUCGUUCAAAACUCAGAGAAAAGACAGGCUUGGGAUUUCAUUUUACUUUAUUUACAAUCUCACGCUUUGUAACUGUCGCGAAAUAGAUAGCGUGAAGCUUAUUCGAUCAGAUGGCAGCAUUUGAGAUAGAAUGUUAGUGGAAUUUAACUGAAUGUACAAGUGUAUAUUUGAAAGAUAUUAGUAAAGAAAAUUGAAAGGG